GAAAAUCCCACAGCAGCGCGGAAGUGAGGCGAAAUUACAAUAAGGUGCCCCUUUCUUUUGAGAAAUGGCAUCUUCUCUGGAAGUUGCGCCGGUUCUUUCCACUCCAGAUGACCACAUCCUCGAAGCGACUGAUCCCCUCGUUACCCCGCGGACAGCCGACCAGGUGUCGGAUGAAGAACUACGCAUUACCUAUGACAUAGAGCGGACAAUAAGGGAUAUUAAGCAAGGAAGAUGGCGGAGGAUUGCGCUACAAUUCCCAGAUGAGAUGCUCCCGGAUGCUCCGCGAGUAUUUCAGCUCUUAAGCCGGGGCCUAGAAUCAGUCGAUCUCCCAUCGCAAUCGAAUGGACAUAAAGCCGCUGAGAAUGAACAUUCCUGCGCUUGUGGAAAGCCAGGACACAGGAUAGCGAAGGCUACGGAUCUAGAUGAUGUCACACAAUCCAUCGCGAAUAAUUUGAAUGUCCAUGAGCCCAGGGGCGGGCAGAAACCGAAGCUGUACAUCCUCGGAGACACCUCCUACGGAACAUGCUGCGUGGACGAAGUUGCCGCUGAGCACGUUAGUGCCGAUGUUGUGAUCCAUUACGGGAGAGCGUGUCUAUCUCCCACCGCGAGAUUACCUGUCAUCCAUAUUUUCACUCAUAGACAGCUCGAUCAUGACCCGAUCCUCGCUGCGUUUGAAGAAACCUAUCCCAACAAAGACGAAAAGGUUCUCUUUGUCGCGGAUGUCACAUUUGCAGACCAUGUUGAGUUGAUAACUUCCAGGUUGGUGCAGGAAAAAGGGUAUACAAAUACCUUUCCUACUGGCCUCAUACAUGAUCCGUCGUCUCCCGUUCCAAACAGAACGGUUCCUGAGUCGGUUAGAGAGAACCCAGAAAGCCUGAAGGACUGGCAGCUAUUCCAUAUAUCAACCCCGCCAACAGCCCUACUUUUAACACUAUCAUCUCGGGUCGCGUCUAUCCGUAUAUAUCCUACUGAUCAAGGAUCUUCUGUUUCAAAUCAGGCGCCAAAGCCGCUUUUGGCCUCUACGGCGGCUACACUCCGCCGGAGAUACGCAAUUUUGACUUCUCUCAGCACGGUUCCCAUUUUUGGAAUCCUUAUAAAUACGCUUAGCGUCAAGCAUUAUCUGCACAUUGUGGAACAUGUACAGAAGCAGAUUGCUGCGGCUGGAAAGAAAAGUUACUUAUUUGUUGUGGGCAAGUUGAACGCCGCCAAAGUGGCCAAUUUCAGCGAGAUAGGCGGAUGGGUGGUCAUUGGAUGCUGGGAGAGCUCACUUGUGGACAGUACGGACUUUUGGAAGCCGGUAAUCACGCCUUAUGAGUUAGAGAUCGCCCUGCAGAAAGACACGGAGCGAGUUUGGACUGGAGAGUGGCGAAGUGAUUACCAGGUCCUACUGGAUGCUGCGAAAGGCGGCAAGGGUGAUCAAUCAGAUGGAUGUCCUAUGAAGACCGCUGGGCCCGAUAGUCAAACGGAUUAUGAAACACGCAACGAUGAGGAUGAUAGUUUUUCAGAUCCCGAAUCCGCACCUCCAGAAUUUGAUCUCCGCACUGGAAAAUAUGUGUCUGUAUCCAGCACUCGACCGAUGCAAUCGUCAUAUGCCCCGGUGCACACACGAACACGUGGUCCUGUUGAGGCCGGUGUAUCCAAGGUGCUCGCUAAAAGGGUAAAUGGAGAUCUCGCGACGAUUGCUGGAGUUGUAUCGCCUGGUGCUCAGUAUCUGAGGUCAAAUCGAACUUGGAGCGGACUGGGAAGCGAUUUUACCAUUCGGUAUGAGGAGGAUGACAGGGUGACCGAGAGAGGAAGCGCGGUUGUUGAAGGGCGCAGUGGCAUUGCUCGAGGUUACACUGUUGGUGAAGAUUUGGGGCGCCGAUAGAUCUGGUA